AUGGGCAAGCGUGCGGAGCAAGCCAAAAAGCGCAAGCGCCAGAACAACGGCAAGCCUGUGGCCGUCGUGGUCGCUGAGCCCCUCACCCCUGCCGAGUCGACCGACUCGCUCCUCCUUCCCGAGGAGAUUGAGGCCGCCAUCCUCGUCAUGCGUACGCUGGCUGAGAACCCCGAGCUUCUGGCCGACAAGGAGAUGAAGGACGUCAAGCGCGGCGUGUACGACCUGCACAAGGUUCUGGUCGAGGGCGCGACGCUCGGCUCGUCGCUCACAUCCCGCAUCACCGCCGCACUCAAGGACUACCGCUUCACCGACGCGCUCGUCCUGCUGUUUGAAAUGUAUACGCGCCGGAUGCCGCCCAAGCUCGGCGCCCUGCAGCGCUGGGUGCGCGAGUGCGACGCUACGAGCGGCGCCGACGGGUCGCCAGGCGACCCCGAGGCGCUGAGGUGUCUCGACAUGAUCCUGCGUAUCGCCAACAUGGGCGAGGCCGGCAACGCAGACCUGCCCGGCGAGUCGUCCGACGCCCGCGACCAUGUGCGUAAAGUGCGUGUCUGGCGCGCACGCACCCGUGGCGAGGACCACCCGGACGAGGUCGCCAUCUGGGACCGUAUGCAGAACAAGACCCUCUUUGGGCCCGCGGGCACCGAGGCGCAGAAGCCAUACCCGGGCUUCCGUGUGGCCAACUUUGUGCGUGGGGCCGACCGCCGCCCGCCCAACGUCUACGACUCGACCGUGUGGACCAGCGAGCCCGGCACCAUCCGCCUGACCCCGGCCGCGUCCCGGCGCGCACCUACCAAGGUCCCCGUCCCCGGCGUUCCGGGCGCGUUCCAGGUUCUCGACGUGUUCACGCCCGACGAGUGUCUGCAGAUCAUCCAGGCCGCGAGCGCACACGGCUUUGAGCGCGACCAGGCUGCAGAGGGUUCGGCACUCAUGAAGACGUCCAUCCUCGCACGCAACUUUUUGUGGCUCGCAGACACCCACUUCUUGGACCAUUUCUACUCGCAGAUCGUCCCCUUUGUGCCCGCCUCUGCACCCGUCCACGGCGGCGUCGGCGGCGGUAAAGUCCGCGGCAUCAACGGCCGCUUCCGCGUGUACGAGUACACUGAAAACCAGCUGUACCGCCCGCACAUUGACGGCGCGUGGCCCGCCGCAGGCCUGCAUCCCGAGACGGGCGAGUACAUGCACGACUCGCAGCCCGCCGACGACCCCCUCUGGAGCCGCUACACGCUGCUCGUGUACCUCAACAGCGACAUUCCAGAGGACACAGGCUGCACGACGUUCUUCUUGCCCAGCAACGAGAUGGGCGUCAUGGACGCCACGAGCGUGCGGCCAAUCCAGGGCUCGGUCCUGUGUUUCCCCCACGGCGACACACAGGGCUCCCUCCUGCACGAGGGCUCGGCCGUCGGCGCCAACGGCGGCAAGCUCGUCAUCCGCACCGACCUGCUGUACGAGGCCCGCGGGUUUGGCCAGUUCAAGCCGGCCACCGCUGGCGCCACGCAGGCUUCCCAGGACUAG